AUGUUACGAAACAGAGGCGUGAAUGUGACCGAGAGGAAGAUAAGACAGGACGUGCUAAAGGCUUAUGAGUACGACAUCUUCGACGUGCCGCGCUGGAGGUGCAUGCAGGAGUUGGGAGGCCAGGCUAACGGCUAUAGGCAGCCAAAGUACUGCACGGUACCAAGACCUGUCUACUACCAGAGCGUCAGAAGUUCCACCAACUACGGACGAGCCAGUCGAAGGUACGGAGCCCGGAGGGUGUACCUCCCAGAAAACGAGUGGGAGGCGAGCAGUGCUGACGAGUCCAUGAUGUUUGUUCGAAACCCAAGAUAUAACAUGGGAUGCUACUAUCCUAACGAAAGACCGUAUAGAAGAGAAAGAUAUCCUGAUGGUUAUUACUCAAGAAGGGCAUCCUCCACGUACAUGGAAGACGAGGAAAUGGAGAGGUUUCUGGCAACAAGGUACAGAACAGCAAGCUACUGUCCUAAAAGACAACAAUUAUCGAGGAAAGUAACUAGAAAACUAUCCCCAAUCUUCACGUGCGACUGUACUACCACAGCCAGUAUAAAACAACCGACUACUACUGACGUAGAUAAUGAUAACCCAAAAACUCAUGAUUUAUCUAAAGAAGCAAAGAACUUGUCACUUGAUAUUUAUAAAAUCUUAUCUUUACUUCAAAAAGAUAGAGCGCGUGAAGAUUUUUCUUCACGUUCUUUGUUACAAAAUAUUUAUGAUCUGGAAUGCAACAACACAAAUAGUACUGCAGUCAAGGAUAUCUGCACUCAGAGAGUGCAAAUAUCCGCGAAAUUGCCAAAACAGACAGACAAUCCUUCGGAGAAGUUUAAAGCUGCUACAGGAGUGAGAAGCAAACUUGAAGCGUUAUUGAGUGCACUUAAACAAUACGAAGAAGAGAAGAUGUUAAACGAAUUGGGUAGUUCCGACAAUUAUAAUGGAUCUGAUCCACCUUCACUGGAAGUCCGAUCGUCCAUCGACGAGAAAGACAAAAAAUCAUCAACAAACAUUAUGGGUCAACAAAAAGAUAUGGUUUUGCAAACUGAAAAACUAAAAACGAGUAAUAAAAAUCUUUACAGCAAGAUAAAAACGAAGAAGGACAAUAUGUGUCUACAAACAAUUGGGAAUAAAAGAUUACGCGAAAAGCAAUGA